CCGUUUUGUGACGUCAGAUGUUUUAAAUAUGCUAUACGCCCUACUACUGUAUGUUUCACUGUAUGCGGUAAUGAAGUUUGUAAAUAGGAUUUAUUCAUUGACUAUAGCAUUUAAUUCUGUAGUACAAACACAGUUUUUUGUCAUUCAAAUUGUGAAUAAAUGGAUGGAAUCCACCAGAAUGUUUAGUUCACUUUUAUGGUGAUGAGGUUGUGGAGAUAGACCUGACAACCUUAUUUUGUAAAUAGUUUUCAAUGUUAUUUCUAUUUGUUUUGUCAAUUUUUCACUGUAUGUACAUUUAUCAUUAAAUGAAUGUACGUGUUGUUUUAGUCAACGACCUUGAACACUUUUUCCGUUGUAAUUCUAACAUAGCGUGACACACAUUUUCGGUUGUUCACAAAUACACUAUUACGCACAUACCCAUUGUUCUAUUCUCGCUCGUUACCAAGUCAAUUGCGUUCUAAACUGGAUAUUAUCCUCAUUUCAGACUGCAGUGUCAUUCCCAUUAUAUCUUACAUCAAAGAAACUUAUUGGCGUCAUAUUUACCUCUGUGGAAUUAUUACGCAUUUAUAAUUGUGGAUUUUUGAGACCAAAACUCAACAGAACACGCAACGACUAGCCGAUUUAAGUAACGUCCCUAAUUUGUUAUUGCAUUUGUAACAUUUAACUUGUAAAUAUUAAUAUUACUAUUGAUUGCUAUUAACUUUGUUGAUCCACCACAAUUAUUUGGUGAGCCUCGAUUAUUUUUUUUUAUAGACAUUUACUAUAUAUAUCUACAUAGUUUUUUAUUAUUAUUGAUUGGCACGACACCAUUUCUUGUUUUUUGUCAUUAUGAACUCUCCGGGUAAACUUAUUGAUAUUGAUAGUUCACCGACCAACCUUCUAAACUCUCCACAACCAGAGGAUAAUGUUUUAAACUCAAUCAACGCUAUCUCGGAACUAAGAUUACCAACGUACGGUGUUAAUAAUCCCAGGAUCUGGUUUGCACAGGUUGAGGCAUUAUUUUUGUCGAGAGGUAUACGCUCGCAAGCGACAAAAUAUGCAUACAUCGUUGGAGCAUUACCCAUAGAAGUGGCAGCAGAAGUCGGAGACCUGAUAGAUAACGUACCAGAAGCGGACCCAUAUGACAAAAUAAAAGCCGCAGUAAUCCACCGUACUUCGCAGUCUGAUGAAAAACGCUUACAGCAACUACUCACCGCAUGCGAGUUAGGGGACAAAAGACCUUCACAGUUGCUUAGACAUAUGAGACAACUAGCAGGUUCAUGCAAGUUAGAUGAAGCAUUACUUAAGCAGAUGUGGUCACAAAGGUUACCUUAUAGCGUCAGACAAAUUCUCAGCGUAUCAGGAGCCACUGUCAGUCUUGAUGAUUUAGCAGACAUGGCCGAUAAGAUAAUAGAAAUAUAUCCCGAUAGUCGGGGAAUUAACGCUGUACAACCCGCUAGUAGAGAUGCUAUGAACCCUACUCUUGACAUGCAGCAACAAAUGGCACACUUAACACAGCAGCUAACAUCACUGCAGGCGACUAUUUCCACCAUCCAUUCUCGACGCCCCAGAUCUACGUCCAGAAGGAGAUCAGUAUCCAGACAUCGUCUUAGGUCACCUAAGCGGGCAGCCGGAAUUUGUUGGUAUCAUUCGAAUUAUGGUGAGAAAGCACGUCGUUGCACAAAACCGUGCAACUUCACGACAAGCAAGCCAGACCAUCAGGGAAACGAAGUGGCCAGACAGUAAUAGCGGCAGCUGUUACUGGCCAACAUGUCAGCCGCCUCUUCCACAUCAGGGAUCGUAUUUCUGGCUCAGACUUCUUAGUCGAUACUGGAGCAGAAAUCAGCAUCAUCCCACUCCAUCUCUCACGCAGACAACAUACGACAAGCACUAAAUUGUCCUUAGUAGCGGCUAAUGAAUCAAUUAUCAAAACGUACGGUGAGCAAUCACUUAUAUUAGAUCUCGGGCUCCUCAGAAGAUUCACAUGGGUAUUCAUAGUUGCUCAAGUCAAACGACCCAUCCUCGGGGCCGAUUUUCUUAGUGCGUACAACCUGUUAGUAGAUAUGACCAACAAGAGAUUAAUCGACGUAAACACACGUUUACAGGUAAAUGGUACACUCUCCAACGACAACGAAAUCCAUGGUGUUCGAAUAAUGAAGCCUGUGAACAACGUUUUCAACGACAUCCUGUCAGAAUACGAGUGCAUCACAAAAUCAGAUUAUCAAAAGGAAUGUAACCCACAUCAGGUACAACACCAUAUCAAUACCACCGGACCACCUAUUAGCGCCAGGGCGAGGAGAUUACCACCAAGCAAGUUGCAAGUAGCUAAAAGAGAAUUCGAACAUAUGAUGCAACUUGGUAUUAUCAGACCAUCCAACAGCCCCUGGGCCUCGCCGUUACACAUGGUACCAAAGAAGGACCAAGAUUGGCGUCCGUGUGGUGACUAUCGACGAUUAAACAAUCAAACCAUCCCGGAUAGGUAUCCUAUUCCACAUAUACAUGACUUCGCGUUAAAUUUACAUGGUAAAUGCAUCUUCUCGAAACUCGACCUCGUGCGUGCAUACCAUCAAAUUCCGAUGGCACCAGAAGACAUAGAGAAAACAGCCAUCAUCACACCCUUUGGCCUGUUUGAGUUUCUAAGGAUGCCAUUCGGAUUAAAAAACGCUGCGCAGACAUUCCAACGCUUCAUGGAUAACGUAACAAGAGGCCUUGAUUUCGUGUUUGCCUACAUCGACGAUGUUCUCAUUGCAAGCUCAUCUUUAGAAGAGCAUAUCCAACAUGUCCAGACCCUUUUUGAUCGUUUUAAAAAACAUGGCGUCGUCAUCAAUCCUUCGAAAUGCAUAUUCGCAGUCCCAGCCUUAGAGUUUUUAGGACAUUACAUUGACUCUCAAGGCAUCAAACCACUCCCAGAAAAGGUUGAAGCUAUUACCAAUUAUCCCGAACCAACCUCGGUGAAGUCAUUACGACGCUUCCUCGGUAUGUGUAAUUUUUACCGCCGUUUCUUACCACAUUGUGCUGAAGUAUUACAGCCAUUAACCGAUCUGUUGAAAGCCGACAAAAAAGGUACGAAGAGAGAGAAGAAUCAAACAUUCAACCUAUCUCUUGAUGCCAAAACAGCGUUUGAAAAAGCAAAGUCGAUGAUAGCUAAUGCCACCAUGCUACAAUAUCUAAAUACUGACCCUACAACCCACUUAAUUCUGUGUACCGAUGCAUCUCAAAAAGCCAUCGGGGCAGUAUUACAACAACAGGUAAACAAUAUGACUACCCCCAUAGCGUUUUUCUCCAAAAGAUUGUCACCAGCCCAGGAACGCUAUAGUACCUUUGGACGGGAGUUACUUGCUAUCUACUUAGCCGUUAAACACUUUAACUUUUUACUACAAGGACGAACUUUUACCAUCAUGACCGAUCACAAACCUUUAUGUUACUCAUUCCACACAUCGUACGACCGACAUUCACCUCGCGAAGCACGACAACUGGAUUACAUCUCCCAGUUUACGACAGAUAUCCAAUUUGUCAAAGGACACACCAACGUCGUAGCUGACGCAUUGUCACGUAAGGACGUAAAUACCCUGUUACGUAAACAAGACAUCGAUCUAGAAACCAUCGCAAAACUACAAGUAGACGAUUCAGAUUUGAAGGCCUGCCAGGAGAAGUCUAACUUGAACCUUAAACCAGUACCCAUCCCUUUCUCAAAUACAUCUAUCAUUUGCGAUGUUUCAACGGGUAACAAUCGCCCUUUUGUACCUCUAGCAUGUCGUCGACAGGUAUUUCAUCAACUGCAUGACCUUUCUCACCCAGGAAUCAGAGCCACAAUCAAAUUGGUUACUGAGCGUUUUGUGUGGCCAAAAAUCAAUUCAGAUAUAAAACGAUGGAUGCGAAGCUGCCUACAAUGUCAACGCAGCAAGAUUCAGAAGCACACGAUCAGUCCAGUUGGCAAGUAUCCCCUGCCGGAAAAACGUUUUCAGCAUAUCCACUUAGACAUAGUUGGUCCAUUGCCACCAUCUAAUUCAUUCACUCAUAUUCUCACUGCGGUGGACAGGUUCACAAGAUGGGCCAUAGCAUGCCCUAUUGCUGAUACUUCUGCAGAAACAGUAGCCGGCGUAUUCCUUGACCGUUGGAUAGCAAACUACGGAGUACCUUCUAUCGUCACUACCGACCGUGGACCCCAGUUUCAGUCUAUCUUAUUUCAGGAAUUCACAAGACUUCUGGGCGUGAACCACAUCAAAACAACAGCCUACCACCCAGCAGCUAACGGCUUGGUCGAAAGAUUUCACCGCCAAUUGAAAAGCUCGCUGAUGGCACAAGAUGAUACGACAAAAUGGAGUGACGCAUUACCACUUGUACUCCUGGGUAUCCGUUCAACUAUAAAGGAAGAUAUAGGUUGUACAGCCGCUGAGCUAGUUUACGGUACAACCCUUACAUUACCAGGUCAACUAGUGGACCCAAACACUUUAACACCAACGGACCCAAGUCGUUUUGCUAGCCAACUGCUGCAAACCAUGCAACGAAUCAAAGCCAUACCGCCUCGUGAACAUAACAAUCGAAUACAACUCAACAGAAAUCUAGAAACAUGCAAGUUUGUCUUUGUUCGAGUUGAUGCUGUUAAAAAGCCAUUGAAACAACCUUAUGAAGGACCAUAUCAAGUAAUUAAAAGAACGACCAAACACUUCAUAAUCAACAAGUGUGGAAAGAAAGAGACUAUCGCUAUCGAUAGAAUAAAGCCUGCUUUCUACGAAGCACAACUUGACAAAGAACAUACUAUUUCACUGAACCAGCCCCGUCCAGCAACCACCACUACAGCAGACAGGGAAGAAAAACUGAGUAUCAAACCUACUUGUUUAACGCGCUCAGGCAGAGCCGUAAAAAAACCCAAACGCUAUGUACAUUUCGCCGAAUAAAAAAAAUCUAAACAAACAAUUACUGAUGUACUAUACGAUUAUACUCACCCGAUUUUUCCCAACAAAAUCCAUGAUUUUUUUUCCCUUUUUUUUACAGUGUAUAUAAUUAACCAUAUUUUUUUUCCCACAAUUAUUCGUUUUGUCACAUUUUUUUUUCAUAGAAAAAAAAUUUGUUACAAUAAUAAACGAGUAAACUCUAUUUAAUUAUUCAUUUGUUGUACACACACACACACACACAAAAAAAUAAGCAGUUCAUUUUUUUUGGGGGGUCAGUAACAGUCUGCACAUUAUUAUCAUUGUUAGCAAACCAAGCUUUUAAAUGACGGUAUUCUCAUUACUUUUGUUUGUCAUGCUAUGCCACAUCACCGCUAUUUUCACGCAAUAACACACUGUAUAUUGUUAACGUACAUGUCAUACGCAUCUCCACAUUGUUAAUUGGUUAUUAUUGUAAAUAUUUUUUUGGUAUAAAAUUUUUAUUAUUGUUAUUGUAACCAGUGUUACCUCCGGACACUCUGGGGGGAGCUAUGUGGAGAUAGACCUGACAACCUUAUUUUGUAAAUAGUUUUCAAUGUUAUUUCUAUUUGUUUUGUCAAUUUUUCACUGUAUGUACAUUUAUCAUUAAAUGAAUGUACGUGUUGUUUUAGUCAACGACCUUGAACACUUUUUCCGUUGUAAUUCUAACAUAGCGUGACACACAUUUUCGGUUGUUCACAAAUACACUAUUACGCACAUACCCAUUGUUCUAUUCUCGCUCGUUACCAAGUCAAUUGCGUUCUAAACUGGAUAUUAUCCUCAUUUCAGACUGCAGUGUCAUUCCCAUUAUAUCUUACAUCAAAGAAACUUAUUGGCGUCAUAUUUACCUCUGUGGAAUUAUUACGCAUUUAUAAUUGUGGAUUUUUGAGACCAAAACUCAACAGAACACGCAACGACUAGCCGAUUUAAGUAACGUCCCUAAUUUGUUAUUGCAUUUGUAACAUUUAACUUGUAAAUAUUAAUAUUACUAUUGAUUGCUAUUAACUUUGUUGAUACUUUUGCGUUUAUAUAUUGUUUGGUCCACCACAAGGUUAUGCGUCUUUCUCAUUUGAAAUCACUAGGAUAUAUGCUUUGCUUGUUCGUCUAUUUACCAGUUACACGUGCACUGUUGACUACAAUUUGAUAGACCUGGGAAAUUUUACGCUAUUAAAUGCAUUCCAUUCUAUUAAUUAUUCUAAGAGCUUCGAGUAAUUUGGAUUUUAUCAACUAAAUUUAUAAAUUUUAAGUGAACAGAAAUCAUUUCAAAUUCUGAUGUGACUAUGUUUUUCUAAAUCGUUAGUAUCUUCUGAAAUUAAUCCAUUGAGAAAUAAUGCCAAACGUUCUUUACAGCACUGAUAAGUCAAACAGUGCUUAUGAAGACAUUGAUUAAAAAUGUAUUUCAAACAAUAACAUUUUACCUAGGUAUAUGUUCAACAGGACAGAUUAAGCUUAAGAAUACCACCAAACGUUUUAUCGGAUUUAUGUAAUUUGAAAAGAAAAAGUAACAAUCAAUAAAGGUGAAACGGCCAAGUGAUGAUGAUAAUAUUAAAUAUUAUUUGAAAGAAGCAUACAUAGUAUACAAUAAUGUUUGAAGUAUUAUAUCAACAGAAUUUCUAUACAGAACUUUAAAGUAGAUCUUAUAGGACAUUAUACAGGUGAAUGAAGAUUACAAGUUUAUAAGUGACUCACUUAUACAAGAACCACUUUGAGUAAUCUUUUCAGACAAUGCACACCUCCUGAAGAUGAUUUUCUCAUUUUAACCAUAAUCCAGUAACAUGUACUGAAUUAUAUGCUGCAUAACUAAACAAUCACACAUGGUGAUUUUAUGUCAAAUCGAAAAAUUAUCUAAUAUUUCCGGAGUAUCUAAGUUAUCAUUCAUUUGUAAGUGAAUACAUGAUUUCCUAUCUUUAUAAAGUCCUACGUCUUAUAAAAAUCACAUAAUAUUUUAGUUUCAUAUGGGUAUGUGUUAUGUUGGUCUGUUGUGUGAGUAAUUCGAACUACGAAAUACAAUACCUUUAAGUGUGCUCACUGCUUUCUCUUUGACUUGAGUAGGUUCAGGACUGUCCUAGAAUUUACUAGUUAAUAUACCAAACUAAAUUCUACUACUCUCACUUAAUGCAGUAUAUGAAUAAGUGAAUUCUGUGUAUAAUUAAUAUUGGAACGACGUAACUACUGAAUAUCUUCCCUAAAUUUGUGGCUUUUCAAAAUAAGAUAAAAGCGUCUGACAAUAGAUAAUGAGAUAAUGUGACAUUCUGCGUUGAGUAUAUGUCAACUACUAUUCAUUUGUUUAAUCAACUUAUGGUCAUGAUUCAUUUCAUGAUUCGAUGCAAAGGGUAUGCUUCUUCUCUGACAAUUUGCCAAUCAGGUGUCAAUACUUCUGAAUGGUUCAAAAUUUUUUCAUAAUUAUGUAUUGAAGUACACAAGACCAACCUUUAGCAGUAAAAAAUGAAACUACAUGAAACAAAUAACUUUCAACCAUUAAUCGUAUUCCAUGAUUUUGGAAUAAUUAUUAUUUAUCAGAAUGGGGGUUAGCGGAGAUUAUGGUAUUCUAAUAGCUGAAUUCAUGAGUCUAUUUCAACUAAACCACCUUUGGAUGUCAGCUCAGUGGUCUAGAAGUUGGGAGUUCGUGUUCAGGAUCGUGGAUGAGCUCUACCGAGGAGUCCCAUAUUAAGACGAGACGGUCGUCCAGUGCUUCCAGCUUUUCAAUAGUGGUCUAGCCUAAAUUGAUUGUGAAUUCAACUGUCAAAAUACUGCAAUCUCCGCAAAUCCCCACACUGAUAUUCAAAAAAGGACAAAGAGCGACAAAAAUAACGUACACUGAACGGUAACUAGAGGAAAGUAAAAUAAAUCACUAGACUCAUUAUCACUUAUAGAAAACAUGCAAGAUUAUGUCUGCUAAAUAAACAAUGUGUAGUCUGACGUAAUAAAAAAGGUUAUAAUACUAGAUUACGUAAUAUGAAUAAUAACAAUAGAUUUAGUGAAUAUAAUAAGAUGAUUAAAAUGUUUUUGUCAUAAUAAUUAAAGGUCAUAGAGGUGUAAAAAAUAAAUAAGGUGAUAUGAUGAGCAUUUACGAAUAAAACAAUGAGAAUAUAAGACAUAAGUAAAGGGGGAAUGCAGUAAUAAUAAUAAUAAUAAUAAUAAUAAUAAUAAUAAUAAUAAUAAUAAUAAUGAUAAUAAUAAUAAUAAUAAUAAUAGGAUAAUCAAAAUAAUUAAGGCCAAGGUAACGAUAACGAUAAGACGUACUUCUUUUGUACGCAUAGUUCUGGUUUAAGCUCCUGGAUGGUAAGAGCUUCGGCUAUUUUUAUGAGUUGGAUACGAAGAAAUCUAGGUAGAUUUGAACGAAUCAUAUAAACAACCUUAAAGUCAAUUUGUGGAUCUGUAGAAUGGUUAUAGUCGAUUAGGUGUUCAAGUAUAGAACUCCUAACUGCUUUCCUUUCACCCUUAUAGAACCAAGCUGGGAUAUGUUCCCGUAUCUGAGUUGAAAGCGAGCGCUGGCUACAGCCAAUAUACUUUGCUCCACAAGAGCAGGUAAACUAGUACUUUUAAAAAAAAACAAAAUUUUCAUAUAUAUACGAUUGUACAGCUUGAUAAUAAAUUCGUUGAAAAGAGAUCCCUUCGCUGAACUUCGUGUUUUAAUUUUAAUGUUUAAAUGGGAAUUAUCUGUCAAUAUGUAGUCUGACAAGGUCAAGUGUUUAAUGCUAUCACUAGUGGGUCUGUUAAUCGAUCACACCCCUCAUUCCUCCCUAAACACCUAUUACAUCCAUCGUCACGGUAUGCCGUCGUCAAACAAUUGCUUUAUUUGAGUAUGCUUAAGUUUCAUAUAUAUAGAAUGAUUUAUUCGUUUGGAGUCCGUAAUAUCACAGUUUGGACAUUUCCGUUAGGAUCACAACUUACUUGCUCGACAAUUACUUUAGACUCUAGACUCCUAGGUGUUUUGAACUCGUAAGCGGGGACUAAGUCACUAAGUCAUGUUCAACUACUGUCAUCUUGCUUGAAGGCUUGGUAAACAUUCUCGUACCAGUUUGUCCUGUAAUACAUUAGCUAAAUCUUGAGCUUCGUUUCAUCUUCUAUCAUAUGUAUAUGUAUGAAUAUGUAUGUGUAUACAGAAGGAAAGUUUGAUUAGCUUUUCCCUGCAGUGGUGACUAGACACUCAUCUAAUAACGUUUAUCAACCUUUUUUAACCCUGUUCCCAACCCCUUACUAUUCUUUCGUCUUGUGGUAUUCAUCUCUUCCAUAAUCUGAUUGAUGUUCACAUACUUGUCUACCUUACCAUUUUGAGCGAUUGCCCGAGCCCCUUCUGCAUUCAGAUAAUCUUUAAGUAUUGUAUUCAUCUUCUUAUGAGCUGAACAAUAUGCGAAAUUGCAUCCGUAUGCAGCUUAACAAGGUAGCACAGUAGUGCUGAAAUCGGUAGCUGGAGCUUAACACGGCUGAAUGUGGAUCGAUGUGCUUCAGUAAUAAAUCACUCAAUUUAGGUCUUACCAUAAACGGUAAAUGGUUAUCUAAUUUACAUACAGUAGUACAUUUAGGGACUUCUACGAUUAGUUCUUUACAGAACAGAUAUUGAAGCAGACCUCCAAGUUCCAAUGUCUUAUGGGUUGCUUAAUUCGAAACCUUCAUAACAACGAGUCACGUAUUUUGAUGUAAAAAGUAUGUGUUCGACCACUCCUAGAAUACUAUAUGUUUGUGCUCAGUAGUGUGCGCAUAAAGGAUAAACUAUGGUUGGAAUCAGUACAGAGACGAUUUACACCUUGGAUUCUUGGAACUGAUUGUACCGUGAAUUAUAAGUUCAGAUGUAAUAAACUUGGACUCGACGCCUUUAUGGAAGGGGAGACUCAAACUAAAUAUAAUCAUUUCCUUCAAAGUACUUAAUAAACUAUCCUUUACAUUCAGUCAAGUAAUUCAAUAUGCAGAAACUUCUAAUUACGACAUCCAUAACUCUUUGUCACUAGUGAAACAAACUUAUUCUAAAUCAUCUCUUUAUAUGAAUUAACUUACCAGCAAAUUUUCCAGACUCUGGAAUAAUCUACCACAAUCUAUCCGUAAGACAAAAUCCCUCCCAUCCUUUACUCGCUGCAUCGAAACUUACUGCUCCUCUGAAAAUUUAUUAAAUGUUCUAGCACCUGUAUGUGUGUCUUCUUCCACAAGUGAAAUUACGAGGACCUUAAAUGUUUAGCCAUUAUUAUUACUGAAAUCACUAAGUGAAACUACCAACAUUAACACCGUCCCUAUAAACCCUAACUAAUUUGAAUAAUAUCUUAUACAGAUAGUAGAUCGGAGAAUAACCUGACAUAUAAUUAUCGUAGGCCUAACUAGCCUGUCGUAAUAAUUAUUGUCCUUUCUGUUCCAUCCUCUCUGCUUCAGCUUUAUUUUCUGUAGUUAUAAGUGGUUAUAAUAAAUUUUUAUGGCGUAGGGAACGAAAAUGCAUUCACCGUUCAUACAUUGACAGUAUAUCCACUUAAGAAGAAUUAAACGAACCUGGCCUGUUAAUUUCAUUGCUUUAAUGCAUGCCAUAGAUGUACUACCUAAACAAUUUUUGAACUAGUAGGCUUAAAACAAUUUUAUAUCAUAUGUUCUCUACAUUUAAUGUUACUAUUUAUAUCAAGCUGAUCAUUCCUACGAAUUGGCAUGAAUUCUGUAACUAUUAUUUUCAGAAUAUAUAUUAUUAUUAAUUUCAUCAUACAUAUAAAACCUCUUAACUAUUACUUCCAAACACUCAUCGGACUUGAAUAUGUUUAUUUAUACUUUGUAACCCCAUUCUUUUGAAUAUUAUAAUUUGGCUACGUUUCAAGCAUUUGUCUAAAAUUCGCAAACUAACGUAUGCUCAACGUUGGUUAAUAAUUAUAAUUAUAUUAGUAGUUGUAGUUUUAGACUGUACACGGCUACUAAGAAACAGUGAAACAGAAUGAAAUCACUUUAUUGUGAAAAUCUUGUUGUUAGUACUCUGAAUGAAUUUAUUAGGUAGUCUGUUCGUAUGAAAUAUAUGUCAGGGUUUUGUGUUUUGAAGCGAUGUCGAAUGAUAAUCCCUUAUGAGUCAACAACAACUUAUUCCGAGUAUGUGCUGACAAAAUGAUACAAUCAUCCGUCUUCUUCGUGAACGGUCUGCUCUUCAAAAGGAUGCGAGCAAAUAUCCGCAACACACCUCAACGGUUCUCUCAUUUGGUGGCUAUUGUACCUACUGGGCCGAAAAGCAGUGAGUAGACCUCUACCUGGUGUUCCGGCAACAGCACUGUAGGGCCAGUGAAAUGUCACUGAGCCCUAGCCAAAUCAUCCGGCAGUUGGAUCACUGAAUGUCGAACAUAUCAUCGCUCCCUGCCAAGGUCAUGUACAAGCAACGCGCAUUAGUUAAUCAUAUGCCAUGGACUGGCCCAUGCGGCAGUGGUCUUACUUUCGCCUGUAUCUACCUUAACUAAUAUAUUUCUGUAAUAACGUCCUCUGUGUUGUACAGUCUUCAAAGUAUCUAUGGUACCUUGAUACGUCAAUGGGGUAGUCCACGUAAGGUGCUGACCACGAGGUGUGACUUCGACGUUAGCUACUUUAUCACACCAUUCACGUCUAACUCGAGUAGGCCUCCAAUCAUUUCGACAUAGAUCAUCUACGCUGGUGAUUUACACUGGUGAGCAAGACUUCGAAUAACGCAGUCUAUCACUAUGAUCUUUAUUUUUGCAUUCUAUACUUAUUCUUUUUCAUUUUUAUCAUCGCCUAUGUUAAUCUGUUACUGUGAACUUUCGUUGCUUCAUGUCAAUGUUGAUUAGUAUUUAAACUUAGAUACUUAGUUCAAUCGACAGAACUAACCAAUCAACUACGAUUACAAUCGGCUAUCAUGGUUCUUUAACAAGCAUUAGCAGCAUGUAAAUGCUCCUGUGUAAUAUGUCUUUUAAAAUAUCAACCACUCGUGAGUAUAGCCACAAGACAACACGAACGCAUAUCUCUUUGUACCUUAUCCUCCGGUAUAAAUAAGACAAGAUUAACUAUCGAAUAUAAAUUCAUCUUUCUGCUUAACCACUAUCCACUAGAAUGUUCUGCUUUUUUUUACCACUGCCUGCCUAAUUUCCAAUUGCUGAGUUCCAUGGCCAAACAGAGGAUACGAAUGCUAGAAAUUCACGGUGAGUUUGAACUAUAAAUUUCCUGAGACCUUAGAUCUCGUUUAGACUGUUCGUCAGUCUACAACGCUGUGUUAAUCGAAAAAUUUAAUCAACAGUACCUCGUACAUAAUCCAGAUUCAAACUAUUGCCUACUUCAUUACUUAAAGGCAAGAGUAACCCAGGCGAGUUUCAUAAUUUCAUUAGAUUAUUUCGUACUAUAUUUAUGAUGCGUGAUAACAUUUCGUAGUUUCUUUCACGUAAACUAGUCAUAUAUUCUGUCACUGCCGUCAAGUUUUAGUCGAAAUCAUGUACAUUUAUGACUCGUUAGUCGACAUACUGUGGUAAAACAUAUUGCAUGUACACGAGCACGCUUAGUCCGUGUCCCAAGUGCACACGUUGUCGUACUUAAUAUGUCACUUAACGCUAGGUAAUAAGCUCUUUGUAUCAGCCUUUUACGAAAUGGCCACGUUACCUGGAUCCUCUAAACCUUAGUUACAUUGGUGGUUACCAUUUUAAUUAAUGUUUACUAUACCCCUUGUAUUUGCCAUUAUUUCACACGGUAAAUCAUGGCUCGAUUUUCAUAUUACACGACAGUCAUUCCAAUUCCAUUUUCGGUAUAUUUGUAUACAAUACGGGUUUGGAAAAUAUCUAAACGUCCUCGAAAAUUCUCCACGAACCCAACCAUAGUUUUCGUAUAUGUUUUUAUUCACACAUCCAACUGUUACGCUAAUAAUACCUAAACGACCGUUCAGUGCAAUUGUUAGUAUACGUAAGAACGAUGUUAUUUAAACUUGACUUUAUAAUACAUCAGAACUAUUGUAGUUAUUCUACUUCGACGUCGUACUUUAUUUUAUGAAGUAUUGUUUCCUCGUGGCUGUUAUCUCACCGAUGAUUUCGGUACAUCAAUCGGUUGUUCAACUACUCGACGAUUUACAACCUGUCCAGUUCAAUUGGUGGUCUGACGACAUUAUCAUUCGCGCGAAUCAUCAGUUUAUGCAGUCGAGCGAAUCUCCUGCAAACUGAAAACGAUAUUGUCGCCUCUAUCCCAACACUGACAGCGUUUUUCAAGGGUAUCAUUGACAUGAGUCCAGAGUGACACUUUUGUUUUCUUAUGUUCUUUUCGAUAUUUUUCUGUUUACUAACCGAACAAACACACAGCACUCACCGUUUAUCAUCUUUUAGAGACUUCAUCGUGCCACCUUUGCUGUCGAUUUGUAGCCUUCAACCCUUACUAACUGUAGCAGCAGUCAUCGACUUUUCAAACUGUGACUACAAGUUGGUCAAUAGAUUCGCACAAUGAAAUCACGACCACUCUUCACGGUUAUACUUCUGUACUUACGGUUAGUCUGUUAGAUAUAGAUAUAACUAGAAUUUGACACUAAUUAAUAGCUGUCAACGACACUGUCCGACUUACAACUUUAAACUAAUGACAGUACAAACAAGGACAUCGAUUGAUAAUACACUUAUCCUACUAUCGCUAUAGCAUCAUUACUCUUGCGACGGACUUAACGUUUGUCAUCGGAGGAACUGAAUUGCUUGUCAAAGCUAUAUAUUUCAGCGCGACUUGAUAGAACAAUUAAACGCUUUGUUCUUUUCAUUAUUUCUAUGGUUAAUCGCUUUACGUUUAACCAACGUUCUACUAACAUAUUAUGACUCGCUGUUUCCUGACCAGUUUCUGCCGCCUCCUUUCCAUUUCUUUUACAGAUAAGCAAUACCUGGAGGAUUUAUAAUAUUCGUUUGGCACUCUCUGGCGCGCGACUGCUCCCAACAUGUUUGGUACCGAUUCAAACGGCCAUUGAAUCUGGUGGGGGAGUAUUGUAGGGCCAGUGAAAUGUCACUGAGCCCUAGCCAAAUCAUCCGGCAGUUGGAUCACUGAAUGUCGAACAUAUCAUCGCUCCCUGCCAAGGUCAUGUACAAGCAACGCGCAUUAGUUAAUCAUAUGCCAUGGACUGGCCCAUGCAGCAGUGGUCUUACUUUCGCCUGUAUCUACCUUAACUAAUAUAUUUCUGUAAUAACGUCCUCUGUGUUGUACAGUCUUCAAAGUAUCUAUGGUACCUUGAUACGUCAAUGGGGUAGUCCACGUAAGGUGCUGACCACGAGGUGUGACUUCGACGUUAGCUACUUUAUCACACCAUUCACGUCUAACUCGAGUAGGCCUCCAAUCAUUUCGACAUAGAUCAUCUACGCUGGUGAUUUACAGCACUAUUAUUUGGGAAUACAUCAUAAACUAAAUUCUGUCACUAAUAUAUCACCAGUUCAAAACUAUUCGGACGGUAGAGUAGUAUUUAACAAUCCUGUACUCUUUUCGAAAGUCACUCACAGUUUGGGUUACUCUGACAUAUGCUUUAAGUGACUGAUAUUCCAUUAUCGUCAAAUAUAUAACAAUACUUGCUCUGAAGUUCAAUCGGAUGUUCUGCUUCAAAAGACAAACAUAAUAACUGAUCUGGCGUAAAGGGAAAAAUCAGAUUUCUUCUCUAGGCUAUCUCACCUACCUUCUGCAUGCCUUCAUCUCGAUGUCUAGGAGAAUCAUCUCCGAGUGCUAACUUCAAUUUUUUAAGCUACUAUUUUCGACAAGAAAUCUUGUUCUUUGAACUAGUCUAAUCAUGUCUCAUUUUGAGUUAUUGACAUUAUCAACUCUUAGCAUGUCUAAGGUUCGUAACUGCGCGUUUCUAUUGAUUGACACAUAAUCGAUAAACCGCCUAGAAAACCCAAGAACUCUCGUUUUUCUCGCCCUCGAUGACGUUUUUCCAGAGACUCGUCGUUGUGGCCCGGAGAUUUGAACCGCCCUGCUAAAUGGUGAGUCGACAUUUACUCCUUUUCUUCUCGGUUUGGCCAUCUAUCCUCCUCUUAUCAUAGGGAUACCAGACCUUGCACUUAAUGCCUUACUUUAACUCUAUAAUUCGAUAGUAAUCCUGUCGAUUUUUGAUUCACAGGGUUCAGUAUAUACACCAUAUUUUUCCGUUGGUUUGAUACAGACAGUAACAUAAAUAUUUUUUUCCGGAAACAAUAAGUCACAUGUGGGGGGUGCCAGUUCACAGAUAAGAUCAAAUUGUUAUAAAUGUUUCGAUGUUCAAUGCAGUAAACUCUAUUGCUCAUUUUAAUUAGCGCGUUAUGACGAGAUUUUUGGUGCAGGAAGAGGACGAAAAAAUGCUGGUUUCCAAAGAACGUGCACAGUUUAAAAAGGACGGCGCUAUUUUUUCUCUAUGUCAAUUUUAUUGUUUUGAUUGUUUAUAAGGCAUCAAGACUAGUAUUUUCUCUUGGAUUGAAUUUAUUGCAGUUAAAAUAAUUGCUAAGAGCAUAAUUUCUCUCCAAAAGUGAUUUAUCAACUGUACUUUUGAGCACAUUAGUUCUGUUUUUAUUUGUUUCCACUUUUGGAUCUAAAAAAUCAUAGUUUUUGAUUUUUUUCUAUAUUUCAGCAUUUUUGUCUUUGGGUAUUAUCUGUGCCUAGUUUCUGCCUAAAAACCUCUGACGAAUAAUAGGAAAAUGCAAAGAAAGAAGUUUCCUACUCUCGGGCUGCCAGUAACUUGUGGAAAGUGGUGUGCAAAUGAUGAUGCUACGAUUUUGCGGCUUUCAAACGGUUCAACAGUGACAGUCGCGUGUGCUUCAAAUGGUUCCGGACUAAACAGAAGAAGCUUUCGUUCAACGGGUUUCCGUAUCUAGUAGUAGUGGAUCAUCGAUACCUCCAGAUAGGAACCUAUGUAUAAUAACGAUAAAGCAGGAGAAAUAAAGAAAUUGGGAAAUCAAUGUAAGAUACUGUCCUUAGUCCACAAGAAUAUGUCAAGUUUUCUCUUAAAGGACUCCUCGGAACUCGAUUGAACUAGCUCAGCCGGUAGCAAAUUCUAGAGUUUGACUACUCUUGAGGAGUUUAAUGUGUGUCUACAGUCCGUUCUGUUGUGUUGUGUCUCCAGUUUCUGGAUAUGACUCCCAAGGUUUGUGUCGGGAAUAAGCUUAAGUAGUUGUUUGGGGGAUUUUCGGAAGUAUUUAGGAUGCUGUAAGCCAUUAGGUUGUAGUGACUCACUUUUAUCACGAGAACACGAUUGGUUUAUUGAAAACAAUUAUUAUUAUAACCAAUUGUACCAGUGACUUUUAAUGUACUCUUUGUUUAACUGUGCUAAAAACAUCCAUUAUACUCACUUUGAUUGUGACCUCGCGCGGAUUUGGUUACGCUCUGUAACCAAGCUUGUAUCCUAGCACGAUCUCGGUAUUCUUUCGAUACCACGAGAUCGCCAGCAAAUAUAUCUCGACUUGGUCCAUUAACUGCCUUCUGACAUUUAGCUUCCAGGGAAUUUUAUGGAUAUCCUGGCACGCGUUCCUUUGUAGUGGUGUUCAUGGUCAAUCGUGUCUCGACACCACGCUACAAGGUCGUCUCUAAGACGCUGUUCUCUAAUGCGUAAAUGUUUAGUGGUUGGAAUCGCUCUUCAUAAGGCUUAAAUUUGAGUCCUUGAACUGAGUUCAUGGCUUGUCGUUGGAUACGUCCCAGAGUGUUCUCAUCCUUUCAUAUUGAGAGAGGAAAUACUGUGCUUCAAUACUCUAAAUGCGGAUGGAUGAAACUGUUGAAUAUUAUGUGGAAAGCUCUUCCUCUGAACUGCCUGAAAUAUGCUUCAAUGUUGCCAGUUCAGGGUUUGAUUGGAAGGCAUUUUGGUCGCAGUUAGCGAAAGACGUCAAGUCGUAGGUCAUAAACACUCCCAGAUCUUUCUCAACUUGGGAUAAUUCUAGAAAAGAGUUGCCUAAGUUGUAUUCGUAAUCUCCAAUAUGUCUAAGAUGGACUACUUUACACUUUGAAGUGUUAAAGUUUAGUUCGUUGUCAUCUGCCCAACUUCGAAGUCGAGUCAAAUCCACCUGAAGUUCCAGUUUAUCCUCUUGGUUACGCUCUUUUCUCCACAGUUUCACAUCAUCAGCGAAAAGGAAUAAAUCUGACCAUACCUGUUUUGGAAGGUCGCCCAUAUAAAUCAAGAAACGAUGAGGUCAUAGAACUGAACCCUUAGGAACCCCGCUAGAACAUUUAAUAGCCUGAUAGAAAGUAAAGUUAACCCUGACCUUAAAAUGUUGAUUUUUUGGAUAUGAAGUGAGCCAACCAAUUAAGGUUGAUUUGGUGCUUAAUUGUUUGAGUUUAUUUAUAAGACAUAUAUGUUGGACCGCAUCAAAAGCUUUUGAGAAUUCAAAGUGCAUGACGUCAACGUCCCCGUUGCGAUCGAGGAUGGUUGUUUAUCCGUCCACCGCAGUCAGCAGAUUGAUUAUACGAGAAUUACCCUUCCCGAAACUAUACUGUUGGAGUGAAAAGUUUAAUGAUGGCAAGUAGUCGAGUACACUGUGGCAUAUCAGGGACUCCAUAACUUUUGAGGGCAUAGAGAGAAGUGCUACCAGUCGGUAGCUAAAAUAUUCGCUGCGUCGACCUUCUUUGAAAAUUAGUGUGAUAUGAGCCAGCUCCAAUUUUCCACUAAUGUGCCUCGGCUUAGCGUUCGUGUUCAGUUCUAAAAGUUUUUUGGAGUUGCAGAUGAAGCUUUUAUAAAUAUCGUUAGUGUCUGGUACUAAAGCCUGUAUUCAUUUAAUGCCUUUGUGUAUAUUUUUCUUACUUUUUCGAAGUGCCUGUAUGCUCCGUUGUUAUUAGUUUGUUUGUAUUUCGCCCAGCAGUGCCUCUUGCGGCUCAGAAAAUAAAGAGAGCGGUUCUUGAUGACUGUUUAGACAGGUAGCCUACAUACCCACGGUUUUCCGCGUUGAUAAACCCUGUUCUUUCUACGUUUUUUCAUGGUUUUGACAGAUCACUCCUCACACGUUGAUAUUUCUUCCGCCGAUGAAUUUCUCGCGUAAUUCCUUAAGAAUGUUCCGGAUGAGAUUGAGCUCAGAAUAUCGUGCACAAGGCAAUAUUCUUUCAUUCCCAUGUGAUUUCAGUAAGUGACUAGCCAGUAGGACAUAUUCUACGUUGGCGGCGUUAGUGAGAGUUAUAAGAAGUAAUCUUGGGUGGUUUUGAUACACGGAGAAUUAUAGUCUACCUCUUUAUUAGUAUUAAUAUAAUAAUGGACCGAAUUUUGAAAUUGGAGAUUUGUCAAAAUGUGACUAUCUAUAAGAUCUUACGUGGAAGUCUCAUCAUUGUCAAAAUUGACGUGUCCUAUCGUAACGAUCAUCAAUAUAUGAUGGAGAACGACUCUACGUUAAAGACAGAACAAUAUGUUUAAUAUGAAUGAAAGAGAUAAGUUACACAAGAAUGACCACACCUGCAAGGCUGAGCCACCCCAGCUGAUGUAUUGAAUUCAUGUUACCGCGUUUUCUGUAGUUAAGUCGUUUCAGUUAUUAUAUACUCGGCUUCAAAAAUCGUGCGGUUCGGGUCCAGUGCCAUUAUAUUACUCUCCCACCAGAAUCUAUGUGAUGUUGGUUCGAUACCAAAUUAAGUGGGAUUGUGAUGAUUAAGAAUGAUUCCGUGCAGAGAUUUUUUAUUAAGUCGCAAUAAGAUUCGUAAUAAUAACCGUUGGAUAAUAACUUAACCUAUAGGUAGCACAAGUAUUUUGUGUAUAGGAGUAUAAAAACAAUUAAUAUUGUAUAAAUGUUGAUAUUCAUAUCAUUUUGGUUUAAAUUAUAACGUCAAAUAACGUUUAUGCAGGUACGCUGUCCAUAUGAGUUUGUAGAUCACCAACAUAGAUGAUCUAUGUCGAAAUGAUUGAAGACCUACCCGAAUUAGACGGGAAUGGUGUGACGAAACAGCUAACGUCGAAGUCACACCUCGUGGUCAGCACCUUACGUGGACUACCCCAUUGACGUAUCAAGGUACCAUAGAUGCUUUGAAGACUGUACAACACAGAGAAGGUUAUUACAGAAAUAUAUUAAUUAAAGUAGAUACAAGCGAAAGUACGACCACUGCUGCAUGGGCCAGUCCAUGGCAUAUGAUUAACUAAUGCGCGUUGCUUGUACAUGACCUUGGCAGGAAGCGAUGAUCUGUUCGACAUUCAGUGAUCUAACUACCGGAUGAUUUGGCUAGGGCUUAGUGACAUUUAACUGGCCCUACACGGUCAUAGUGCCAGUAUAAACCAGUCUUUUUCAAUUAUUAAUAAGGUAAGUAAUUUUUUGCCAAAACUGGUCAGACUAAAAGUCCUUCAAAUGGCUGAAGCAAUAGCCAUCCGGAUGAUGAAACCGGAGCUUUGCGUACAGAAGAAAUAUAUUCAACCACUCCUCCUCCCCUGGCCAACACCAAGGCCAAUCAAUCGUACUCUUAACUAUUGAAUGAACUAACUUGACUAUGACCUUUCGUAGUCAGUUGUAAUUGUCCCUAUUAUCUUUAUUCAUAAAUCUUUGUAUUAUUAUUAUUAUUAUUCGUAUUAUUGGUUAAACGUCAUUAAUCUCCCCCAUGCAUGAUUCAUUCACUUCGCAUUCGUCCCUCCGUAUUACGUCUUACUUAUUUGAUCGAAUUGUAAUUGCACUAUUAUUUCUCUCUCACCCUAUUUGACCCAUAUUUAUUCUGAUCAUGGAUCUUAAAAUUUUACUUAACAUAUAAGCUGAUUCAAGUUUACAUUCUAUAUGAGUCAUAUUAACAUUAACAAUUUUAUUGUGUUUUGUUUAUCACAAUCCUAAAUUCACAUGCUCUAAACGAUGUACUUUGCCCUUAACCUGGCCAUUUUUUCGGAUUAUUAAUUUGGAUAUAUAAUUGUAGAAACUGAUGAGAAUUUGUCGAAAAGAAUAUUCUUCGUUCAAAUACUAGUGUUUUAAUAUGACGGGGAUCUUUAAACGAUUAUAUUUAUGCGUUGCAGUUGAGAAUUCGAGCCGAUCUUAUAUAUGUUGCGAGAAUCCUAUCUCGCCUUAUAAACAAAUGAAUUACAUGCAAAGGCACAUGAGGAGCCAUUUUAAGUCUAUUCAGUUCCUCCAAAAGUUGUAGCUUCAUAGUUCGUUAGUUGAGGUUAAGAUUAGAAUAGUGUAUCACGGUUCCAUGGUUUGGUUGAGAAAGGAGAGUCAAAGAUCUGCAGUGGCAUUAAGCCCUAAAUACACAAUACUCAAAGCUAAACACAAGACAACUGGAAAGAUAAAUAUUCAUCAUUUUAAUGCAGAGAAACCAAACGAUAUAGAAGGCAUGAGGGAGUAAUUCAAUUCAGUUAAUCGGAUGGCAUGGUUCAGCCUUGUGGACGUGGUCAUUCUUGUGUAACUUAUCUCUUAUAUUCAUAUUAAAUGUAUUAUUCUAUUUAGACUUCACAUUGUAAAACAUCCGAACUAUUGUAGUUAUUCUACUUCGACGUCGUACUUUAUUUUAUGAAGUAUUGUUUCCUCGUGGCUGUUAUUUAACAGAUGAUUCCGGUACAUCAAUCGGCUGUUCAACUACUCGACGAUUUACAACCUGUCCAGUUCAAUUGGUGGUCUGACGACAAUAUCAUUCGCGCGAAUCAUCAGUUUAUACACUCGAGCGAAUCUCCUGCAAACUGAAAACGAUAUUGUUGCCUCUAUCUCAACACUGACAGCGUUUUUCAAGGGUAUCAUUGACAUGAGUCCAGAGUGACACUCUUGGUUUCUUAUGUUUUUUUUCGAUAUUUUUCUGUUUACUAACCGAACAAACACGCAGCACUCACCGUUUAUCAUAUUUUAAAGACUUCAUCGUGCCACCCUUGCCGUGGAUUUGUAGCCUUCAACCCUUACUGACUGUGAUAGCGGUUGUCGACUUUUCAAACUCUGACUACAAAUUGGUCAACAGCUUCGCACAACGAAAUCAUGACCACUCUUCACGGUUAUACUUCUGUACUUACGGUUAGUCUGUUAGAUAUAGAUAUAACUAGAAUUCGACACUAAUUAAUAGCAUCAUUACUCUUGCGGCAGACUUAACGUUUGUCAUCGGAGGAACUGAAUUACUUGUCAAGGCUAUAUAUUUCAGCGCGACUUGAUAGAACAAUAAAACGUUUUGUUCUUUUCAUUAUUUCUAUGGUUAAUCAAUUUACGUUUAAGCAACGUCCUACUAACAUAUUAUGACUCGCUGUUUCCCGACCAGUUUCUGCCGCCUCCUUUCCAUUUCUUUUACAGAUAAGCAAUACCUGGAGGAUUUAUAAUAUUCGUUUGGCACUCUCUGGCGCGCGACUGCUCCCAACAUGUUUGGUACCGAUUCAAACGGCCAUUGAAUCUGGUGGGGGAGUAUUGUAGGGCCAGUGAAAUGUCACUAAGCCCUAGCCAAAUCAUCCGGUAGUUAGAUCACUGAAUGUCGAACAGAUCAUCGCUUCCUGCCAAGGUCAUGUACAAGCAACGCGCAUUAGUUAAUCAUAUGCCAUGGACUGGCCCAUGCAGCAGUGGUCGUACUUUCGCUUGUAUCUACUUUAAUUAAUAUAUUUCUGUAAUAACC